CAAUUUGACGGCUGCGCUGCGCGCGUGGGCGAAGAAAUCGGGGCGGAACUCCCAAACCUCCCUCGUGUCUGCCCCGUCUUUCUUGUUUUAGGUCCACAAAUACGAAGAACACAGAGCGCAGCCGCUGGCAAAAGCGAACGCUUCGACAGUUCCGCCACCGCCACUCGCCGCCAACUGUCCAUCCUCCACCAUCAAUAACUCCUCCGUCUCCCCUCCUUAUAAUCACCACAAGUUCCCACUGUUGUAAAACCAAAAGAAGAGAGAGUUUCUGAAAACUUCUGAUAGGAAAAAAUGGCGGCAAUCAACAACCAGAUGAGCUCCAGUAGAACCUCCGCCGACGCCUCCCGCCUCUUCUCCUCCUCCAGAAGCUUCGCCGGCGGAGACCGCUCCGCCGCCUUCCUCUACGUCGGAAAACCUGCGAGGAGAACCGUUCCUUCGGGGUUUAAGCUUAGAUCGAUGAAGCUCUCCGAGCCGUCUGUUCCCUUGCCCGACAUUCCAAUCUCUCCCAACGGUCCCGUACCUGCUGACAAGCUAAACUCUGCUCCCGACAGCGUAGCAGUGAAUAAUAUCUUGGGCAAUGAUAAGACGAGGCCGAUUGCUCUGAGGAAGACAAAGAUAGUUUGCACGAUCGGUCCAUCCACGAGUUCUCGAGAAAUGAUAUGGAAACUUGCAGAAGCUGGGAUGAACGUGGCUCGUUUGAAUAUGUCGCAUGGAGACCAUGCCUCGCAUCAGAAGACGGUUGAUCUGGUUAAAGAGUAUAAUGCGCAGUUUGAGGACAAAGUUAUUGCGAUAAUGCUAGAUACCAAGGGUCCUGAGGUUAGGAGUGGAGAUUUGCCUCAGCCAAUCAAUCUCGAGGAGGGUCAAGAAUUUAAUUUCACAAUCGAAAGAGGUGUUGCAACUGAGGACACCGUGAGUGUGAAUUACGACGACUUCGUGAAUGAUGUGGAGGUUGGAGAUACUCUACUUGUGGAUGGUGGAAUGAUGUCGUUAGUUGUGACAGCUAAGUCAAAGGAGGUGGUCAAAUGUGAAGUAGUUGAUGGUGGGGAACUAAAAUCACGUCGUCAUUUGAACGUGCGUGGUAAAAGUGCAACUCUUCCAUCAAUUACAGACAAGGACUGGGAUGAUAUCAAAUUUGGAGUGGACAACCAGGUUGAUUUUUAUGCUGUCUCAUUCGUUAAGGAUGCUAACGUGAUCCAUGAGUUGAAGGAUUAUCUUAAGAGCAACAAUGCAGACAUCCAUGUGAUCCCAAAGAUAGAAAGUGCUGAUUCUAUUCCAAAUCUUCAUUCAAUACUUUCUGCUUCCGAUGGGGCUAUGGUCGCUCGUGGAGACCUCGGUGCUGAACUUCCAAUCGAGGAAGUUCCUCUGUUGCAGGAAGAUAUCAUUAGAAGGUGCCACAGCAUGCAGAAGCCAGUUAUUGUGGCGACAAACAUGCUAGAAAGUAUGAUCAAUCACCCUACACCAACAAGGGCUGAAGUAUCUGAUAUAGCAAUUGCAGUUCGUGAAGGAGCUGAUGCUAUCAUGCUUUCUGGAGAAACUGCACACGGAAAAUAUCCAUUGAAGGCUGUUAAAGUAAUGCAUACCGUGGCAUUGAGGACAGAGGCAAGUUUGCCAUCAAACACAGCUCCCCCGACUGGGUAUUAUGUUCUGCAGAGCCAUAUGGGUGAUAUGUUUGCCUUUCAUGCUACAAUCAUGGCAAACACUCUCAAUACACCAAUCAUCGUUUUCACGAGAACUGGUUCCAUGGCAGUGCAGUUGAGUCAUUACCGUCCUUCCUCGACAAUUUUCGCCUUCACCAAUGACGAAAGGAUAAAGCAGAGACUGGUACUUUACCAGGGGGUUAUGCCAAUUUAUAUGGAGUUCUCGAAUGAUGCAGAUGAGACCUUCUCCCGAGCACAUAGGCUCCUAAUGGACAAGGGUCUGUUGGUGGAAGGGCAGCACGUUACUCUCGUCCAGAGCGGAGCUCAACCGAUUUGGCGUGAGGAGUCAACCCACCACAUCCAAGUUCGAGAGGUUCAGAGUUGAUUUUUAAGGACCGUAUGGAGCUUUCUUUGUUUUCUUAACUUAAGUAGGGUUGCUGUGAACUAGCUGCACGUUAUAUGAAGCAUUUGUUUAUCAAUACAUGCAUUAAAAUUUUCAUUGCAUGAACAGCCGAAGAUCUUAGUGGAUUUUUUUUCUCGUGUGAUGAUUGUUUGUUGUAAAAUCCUCUUCACUUGGACGAAUAAAACCCCGUCAGCCAGAAGUUUUUGCAUCGGCUUCUGCCUGAUGGCUCUGUGUUCCUGUUUAGUCCCCAUGUUCUUGCUUGCUCUCUUCGCUGCUGCUGAACAUUGAACUUGCUGAUAAUCAUACACUUGAUUUCUAGGGCUAGAUCUAGAAUGAGGGUUGCUGACAAAAGUUACAGGCUUACAGCCACUCUCAUUAAAAACCUUCCUCAUUUCCCAAUCCCUAGCUUAGAUCAGAUUAGCACACAUUCCCCUCUUUCUGCAGAAGCUAAAGAAACCCAUUCCACUCUCAGUUUAUUCAUUCUAUACUGCUUGCUACAAUGCUUCAACUUGUUAACACAGACCAAGUUACAUAACUUAGACUUCACACUUGUGGCUAUCAUCACUAUAAUCAUCAUCUUCUUCUUCUUCCGAGUUGCUGUUAUUCUUCCCUUCAAGCUUGAUGUUCUUGUACCACUUGGCACAAGCAAUGUACACAAACAGGUCGAGCGACGUCAGGGCGGCCAACAGGAAGUAGAACCUGUCAAGGUGACCUAUGUUCAGAUUCCCCGGGAUCCACCCUGGCAUAUGGUCCACGGUCGAGAUCUUCAUCACCAUCGUCACCAGCAGGCUGCUCACGUAGUUCCCAAGCGAGAUCGAGGUCAUGCACAGCGCACUGCCAAAGCUCUUGAGCCCGUCGGGGGCCUGAGCGUUGAAGAACUCCAACUGCCCGACGUACAUGAAAACCUCGGAGGCUCCUAUCAGCGCAUACUGCGGUAUCUGCCACAUUAUGCUCAAGGAGCUCGACCCUUCACAACGCAGGCAAUCCUUCUGUGCAUAUUUGAGCCUGUAGCACUCCACGGUCCCUGCACAAACCAUCGCUACUACGGCGAUCACGAGCCCGAUCCCCAUCCUCUGCAGCUCGGUAAGCCCCUUGGCACUCGUUCCCCUGAUCCUCGCGACCAAAGGGUCCAGUACUCGUCUGUACAGGAAGAUGAAGAGGGCCACGCUGAGGAUGUCAAAGCUCGACAUGCUGGCUGGUGGGAUCUUGAAGUUGGCUAUGGUUGUGUUCAUUGCAGCGCCUUGCUCGACGAACAGGGAGGCCAUCUGCGUGAAGACGACGGAGUAGAUGAUGGUGCAGAGCCAGAUGGGGAGGAGUCUCAGUAUGCAUUUCACUUCCUCUACUUGUGAUACAGGGCACAGCCUCCACGGGUUACGGUAACCUCUCUUCUGAUCAUCUAUAUCUCUUGAUGAAAUGUAAGCUGCUCUGUCCAGAAACCUGAAUCCAUGAGUGUGCAGGAUCUUCCUCCCAUUCCCACUGCCAGAGCCGUCUUUGGCAUCCACAUCAUACAAGCCAUCGCCAUCUCCUCCCAAUGCAAACUUGCACUUCUUUAUGGACGCCACAAGCACCUGACAGAACCGCGCCAAUGGGUUCCCCGUGGGCUUGAAAUGGCGGUACCUGCUCGAACCCGCGAGGAACAGGACCAGAGCAGCGAAGGCAGAGCCAGCAGACGCCCAGAAUCCUAUCGCCCACACGCCUUCGUCCUCGAAGUAGCCCAAGAUGGUGUUGGAGAAGAGGGAGCCCAAGUUCAAGGCCAGGUAGAAGUAGCUGAAGAAGGCGACUUUGGAGUGUCCUUCGAUGGGGUCUUCCUCGUCGAACUGAUCUGCUCCGAAUGUCGCGAUGUUGGGCUGGUAUCCUCCAUUUCCUAGGGCAAUGAGGUAGAUGGAGAGGUAGAAGAGUCCUACUUCCAUGUUGGUGUGUACUCCGCAGGGAGUUAUGGCAUCCCCACAGCCUUUUGGGCGGAGCAAGAAGAGGUAUGAUGACAGUGACAGUAACACCAAACCCAUGACAAAGAUGC